CGCGCUCGCGCUCUCGCUCUCUCUUGAUCUUCUAAUUCUCGCUCGCUCGAUCUUCAUUUGUGCACCUAAUUUUUUCUGCUCCAUUCUUCAUUUGUGCUCCUGUUCUCGUUCGCUCUCUCAGAUUUGAAUUGAAGGAUCUCCAUGGCUUAUAAUACCAAUCGAUAUUUUCCGGAAUGUGUCCUUUAUGAAGUUUUCUCAUGGCUGCCCCCAAAAUUUGUGGGGCGUUUUACUAUAGUAAACAAAUCCUCUUAUGAAUUCAUUAAAUCUCCUGCUUUCAUUUCUACUCAUCUCAGUCGAUGUGUAGAUGAUGAUAGAAGAGAUUAUGCUCUCCUCAUGCCAAACCCUUGGUUUGGUCCCUAUUGGUACGAACCUUGCAAAGUACUUUGUAACUGGAACGUGGAAUAUCAGGUUGAGUGGCCUGCAAAGUUUGAUUUCUUCUCUCGACCAAUUGGUUCUUUCAAUGGCAUUGUUUGCUUUACUAACAAUCAUGUUCGAUGUUGUGGUCGAGUGUUAUACUUGUGGAAUCCGAUUCUUGAGAAAUUUAAAUGCAUUAAGAGCACUAGCUUCAAUAUUUUAUAUGAUUCUGGUUACAGAUUCCAGUAUAAUGUCGGAUUUUGGUAUGACAAUAUAAACGACGAUUAUAAGUUACUCAGAAUCUUACAAGUUUUUAGUAUUCUUGAAGUGAAACAAUGUCAAGUUGAAAUAUUUAGCUUGAAAGCAAGGUCUUGGAAAAGGCUCUCUGAUGUGGAAGUUCCUCCUCUAUUCGUAAAGUCAGAUAUCCCCUUAGUUGCUAAUGGACGAAUCAAUUGGUUGGUCAUUCCUCCCUUCAGGCUGGAAGGGGAUGUGUUUAUCUUUUCAUUUGAUACUCGAACAGAAACGUUUCAUCAGGUGACGUUGCCACAUUUUGAGCAGCCCCUUGCAAGAUUUCCAGAUCUCAUUGUUUACAGAGGGGUUCUUGCUCUCGUUGUUGUACCUCGUGAUGUUUUAACCGAUUGGAGUGUAUGGGUAAUGACACAAUUCGGGGUGGCUGAAACAUGGCAAGAGAUUAUUGUGCGAACUAGGGAACGACCUUUAUAUGUUAAAUUUGCAAAGAAGGAAAAUAUCAUUUUUGGGUGCAAUGAUUCCCGUCUGGCAGUGUGUAAUAUUGAGAAGCAGCAAACUAGAUAUCUUGAAGACGUUUCUAGAGAUGGUUUAUGGGUUGAUUACCAUGAAACAAUUUCUUUUCUUGGUGAUGAAGAUGAAGUAUUGGAAUGAGGAGGGCAUUCCCUUGCCAAAAGCGAGCCAUUUACUCAUUUUUUCCAACACUAUUUGAUUUUGUACUUUGUUCAUGAACUUUGUCAACAAAUUGACCCAUAAUUUUUUGGCGUUUAAUUUGAAAAAUUCUUGUUUCCUAUGAUGUAUUGUGAA